AUUUGGAGCGACUUGAACAUCACCAGAUGAACGAAGUAACCCAGUUUUCAGCCGGCCAUGAGGACCUUAUACACGAUGUCGCUUAUGACUUUUACGGGAACCGACUCGUGACUUGCUCGUCUGACCAGAAACUUAAAGUGUGGGAUAUGGACCGUCAAACAAACCUGUGGGUGCUAAAUGACACUUGGAAGGGCCACGACUCGUCUAUUUUAAAAGCUUCCUGGGCACAUCCGGAAUAUGGGCAAGUCUUUGCAUCGUGCUCCUUCGACAGGAGCGUACGAAUAUGGGAAGAGCAAAAGCAUGAUGCAUACACAGGAGGGCGGAAGUGGGUAGAGAAGGCAAGAUUAGCGGACAGCAAAGGAACAGUCCAAGAUAUUGAGUUUGCACCGAACCAUUUAGGAUUGAAACUGGCAUCAUGUUCAGCUGAUGGCAUUGUACGAAUCUACGAAGCUAUGGACGUAAUACAAUUAAGCCAUUGGACGCUCAUGGAUGAAAUAGAAGUUGGUACUGGUAGCAGUAAGGAGCCAGAUGCCCAUUAUUGUUUAUCGUGGUGUCCGUCAAGGUUUCAACCGCAAAUGCUCGCUAUCGGAUGUGGGAAGGAAAAUAUUGCAAAGGUCUAUCGAUUGGAUUCACAUAACAGAUGGCAGCCUCACGAGGUCCUGGGAGGACACAAUGACAUCGUGACGGAUGUUGCAUGGGCUCCCAAUAUGGGACGCAGUUACCAGCUAAUAGCCACGGCGUCCAAGGACGGACAUGUCCGCAUCUUCAAAUUGACAGACGAGAACACCAGAGGAGGCGCUGUCGGAGGUGUUGGUGGAUGGCAGCAACCCGCUGCGGCCGCAGCUGCCGUUGCCGGAUUGACGCCAAAAGGGAAGAAAAAGUUCCGAGUAGACACGGUGGCAGAUUUCAGUGAUCACGGAGCAGAGGUCUGGCGAGUGGAAUGGAAUGUAACAGGAACCAUUCUAUCCUCAAGUGGUGAUGAUGGCAAAGUUCGGUUAUGGAAAGCCUCGUUCUUGGACGAAUGGAAGUGCAUCAGCAUCAUCAGCGCCGAGCAGGGAGUCGGAGAUUAUGGCGAGAAUGCCAUGCGAUGAAUAUCCAGCUCGAAAAUGUACAUAGUUUUGAGUCUGACGUCCAGCAUAUAAGGGCCUUAUCGACGGACUGCGAUUUUGGCCGGAAAUUUUAAAUAAACUACAUCCUGUAUGUACCGCCUGCUACAGAUAAUAUUUACAAAAAAAGUCCUUGUCAAGUCGUGA